CUCCUCUAUCCUUCAACCUAUCUCAUCCCAAGUAUCCUUUCUUCCAUCUCCUCUUCCAUUACUUGUCGUCGUUCUUCCUUCUAGUCGUCGAUUGGCAUUUGUGCAUUGCAAGUUGGGCGUUGGGAAAAGACCUCGAGCGAUUUCUUAUCUCUCCUUUUCCUAUCGUCUCUCUCAGUCCCAUCAGCUACAUUACUUUUCUGUGUGUGUGCUGCGCUGCGUUGCUCUGCUCUUCCCCCCCCGUUCUACUGCUACUACAUACACUACUACCACUGUCAAACAUCUGCAGUUACUCCCUCCAGCCGCCUGACACUCGUCUCGGCGCGACCUCUUUCGCGGCCAUCUUACCUAUCACGCAUUCGAGUCCUUCCUCUCCUCCUUCCGUCUCCUCUCCUUCGACUCUGUCGCGCUGCUCUACUGGACUUGGUUGGCUUGUCACCUUGAUAGCGAAUUUGUCUCGACGUUUUCCAAGCGAAAUUUCCUUUACCUGCCCACGACCCACUUGUCGCCAUUACACUCCCCGCAAUCUUCGUACCCAGGUACUCAACCGCCAAAAUUUCAAAAAGCACCUUGACGAGCUUCUAUUGAUCUACCCUACCGAACCUGCAAUCUUCUGUGCCUGUUCGAGUCAUUUUCGCCUGGUGCGCACUUUUUUAUCUCUUGAUCCUUUGGAGUUGUCAGCCAGUCUCCUUUGCUCAACAUGACGGAAAACAUUCCUCCUGCGACACUACCACCACCACCACCUUCGACCGCGGGCGCCCCAGGCUACGAUGGCGUUCAGGGUAGCAAUGGGCAUACUGCUACCAGCAUGGGACCUCCAGCACUGCCUCCGGUUGUCAUUCCGCAAAACAAUAAUACGGUCCCGACCCCCGUGACCCCGGGAUCUGCGCUGUCGCCUACCUCGGGGGGUGUCGUUCGAAGAGCUGCACCAGAACCAAAUAAGAGGGCGCUUUAUGUGGGCGGCCUCGACCCUCGAGUCACCGAGGACGUUCUGAAACAAAUCUUCGAGACUACAGGCCACGUGGUGAGCGUCAAGAUCAUCCCAGACAAGAAUUUCAAUUCGAAAGGCUUCAACUAUGGCUUUGUCGAAUACGAUGACCCGGGUGCUGCCGAACGCGCCAUGACCACCUUGAACGGACGACGAGUACAUCAAGCAGAGAUCCGAGUCAAUUGGGCCUACCAGUCCAACGCUUCGAACAAGGAGGACACUUCAAAUCAUUUCCAUAUCUUUGUCGGCGAUCUGAGCAACGAGGUUAAUGACGAGGUUCUGCUCCAGGCGUUCUCUGCCUUUGGAUCGGUUUCCGAGGCUCGUGUGAUGUGGGACAUGAAGACUGGUCGAUCUCGCGGCUACGGAUUCGUCGCCUUUCGCGAAAGACCUGAUGCGGAGAAGGCUCUCGCAUCCAUGGACGGAGAGUGGCUCGGCAGUCGUGCCAUUCGUUGCAACUGGGCGAACCAGAAGGGUCAGCCGUCUAUCUCCCAGCAACAAGCCAUGGCGGCGAUGGGCAUGACGCCUACAACACCCUUUGGGCACCAUCACUUCCCGACCCAAGGCAUCCAGUCCUACGAAAUGGUCGUCAACCAGACUCCCACCUGGCAAACGACGUGCUAUGUCGGCAAUCUUACGCCGUACACGACCCAAGCAGAUCUCGUUCCCUUGUUCCAGAAUUUUGGCUAUGUGGUGGAAACCCGAUUUCAAUCCGAUCGAGGCUUCGCAUUCAUCAAAAUGGAUACGCAUGAGAAUGCGGCAAUGGCCAUCUGUCAAUUGUCGGGGUACAAUGUCAACGGCCGGCCGUUGAAAUGCUCGUGGGGCAAGGACCGUCCUCCUACUGGCCAAUUUGACACCUAUUCGCCGCAGACCUCAAUUGGUUCUGCCUCCACGCCCGGUGGUUAUAAUCCAGCCUCGCCGUAUUUCUCCCAAUAUGGAGGUCCAGGACCGAUCACCCCGCAAGGUAUGGUAGACAACACCGCUGUCACGUACAAGGCUGAUCGAGUUCAAGGUCCAAGUCCUGGUGGACGCGGUGCUUGGGAUUCGAGCCAUCUUGCCAGUCCUUAUACUGCAUCCCCGCAAUCUGCGUUUGGCCAGGUUCCUCCAUCAGCCGGGGGCUAUGGUCGUGGUCAGACCACUCCAGGAGGAAUGUUCCAACACCCCCCACCUUCAUUUGGUAACAAUUAUCCCGGAUAUCAGGCAUAGCUUACGAGAGAUGGGGCGUGUUCUUCAAUAUGCGUGACGGAGGACCAGGAAGAUUGAUCGUCAGAUUGGGCAUUUGUUUUCAUUGUCUCUAAACCUUCUGCUCACAGUGGCCUCUCGGCUUGAGCGGUGAUCGAAGGAUCAGACGUCCUGGCACCUUGGCUCGCUGACGCCACUUCUCUUCAUCUCCAUUCCUCCUAAUCUCGUCUCCAGCUGGUCUAUUGUGACGGUCGUCGAUCUCCAUCUUUUUGCGGAAGAGACUGAUGAAGAUGCUGCUGGUAUUUGCCGUUCUUCAGGCGUCCAUUGCGGUUUUACUGGGCUUCUUCUCAUCUCUGGUGGUUACCUGAGAGAGUGAGAUGCUGCAAAAGCAUCUGGCAAUCAUGAAUUGUUGAACGCUGCUACUCGACAUUGGGGUCAGAAUGGGAUAACUUUAGCAACACUCAAAGGGUGGGAUUUCGUGGCGAACGUGGGUGCAGCAGAGUGGCAGCACUCUUACGUUUGUAGUUGACCAGGGUAGUUAUCUGCAGGAUAACCCCGUGUGGAUAUGACAUUUAAUGACAAUCACCAACUUGAACUUCACAGCUAUGCUAGAGGGCAAGAACAGAGCGUCGCCAGUAUUAGUUCAAGGCACGAGAGCCCGUCAGGCGCAGCCUUGUGCAGCCUCGCUCAGCCUGAUC